CAAUCAUAAAAAAAUAUACAUUUCUCGAUAGCUUUUGCACUGUGUGACCGCUUGGUCAUAAAAUUAUUCGUUUAGCAUACUUUGUCAACGAGCUAUCUGGCAACUCUGAGUGAUUCUGGCAGAAACAAAAAGUCAUCAUCGCAGCGGCGUUUAGCAUUUAUUUUUGCAACUCUCAUUCAGUUAAAAGAAAACUAAAUAAAACAAUUUCAGAAUGUCGAUUUUGGCAUAUAACGGUGGUUGCGUCGUCGCCAUGCGCGGCAAGGACUGUGUGGCUAUUGCAACGGAUCAUCGCUUCGGUGUUCAAGCACAAACCAUCUCCACAGACUUCAAGAAAGUGUUUCACAUUGCACCUCGUAUGUUUUUGGGAUUAACUGGACUGCAGACCGAUAUAUUGACAGUACGCGAUCGACUGAUGUUCCGAAAGAACAUCUAUGAGACCAAGGAAAACCGCGAGAUGGCACCCAAACCCUUCUCUGCUAUGUUGUCCAAUUUCCUCUACGAGCAUCGCUUUGGUCCAUACUUCAUUGAGCCGGUUGUGGCGGGUUUGGAUCCCAAGACCCUGAAGCCGUUCAUCUGCAACAUGGAUCUGAUUGGCUGCCCCAAUGAACCCGAUGACUUUGUGGUCGCUGGCACCUGUGCCGAGCAGUUGUAUGGAAUGUGCGAAACUCUGUGGCGCCCAGAUCUGGAGCCGGAUCAGCUGUUCGAAGUCAUAGCUCAGUCGAUGGUCAAUGCCUUUGACAGGGAUGCCAUGAGCGGUUGGGGAGCUACUGUUUACAUUAUUGAGGCGGAUAAGAUUACGGAGCGUGCGCUUAAAACACGCAUGGAUUAAGCAGUUUUUGUAAUUAACUAUUUAGAAGGCAAAUAAAAUUUGUAAACGAGGGA